GUUCGUUCCAAGCAUUAAACAGAGCACACUCUGUCUUGCAUUGCAGGUACCACUUUGCUCUUUGGUUAGUUGGUUUUCUUCAUUUUCCCUUUCACACUCUUCAAAAUGACCCUUUCCCUUUCCUUCUCCUUCCUCUUCCUUCUUUCUCUCUUCUCUUCUUUUCUUCUCCAUACCCAUGCCUUCCCACUCCAUCGCCACCACCCUCACUUCGCCACUCACAACUACAGAGAUGCUCUCACCAAAUCCAUUCUCUUCUUUGAAGGCCAAAGAUCAGGGAAGCUCCCUUCUAACCAGAGAAUGUCUUGGAGAAAAGACUCUGGUCUCUCUGAUGGCUCAGCAAUGCAUGUUGAUUUGGUUGGAGGGUAUUAUGAUGCUGGUGACAAUGUCAAGUUUGGUUUUCCUAUGGCUUUUACUACCACUAUGCUUUCAUGGAGUGUUAUUGAGUUUGGUGGGUUGAUGAAAGGUGAGUUGCCUAAUGCUAGAGAAGCUAUUCGUUGGGCUACUGAUUAUCUUCUUAAAGCUACUGCACAUCCAAACACCAUUUAUGUUCAGGUUGGUGAUGCUAAAAAGGACCAUGCUUGUUGGGAGAGACCAGAAGACAUGGACACACCAAGAAGUGUUUUUAAGAUUGAUGCAAACGCACCUGGUUCUGAAGUUGCUGCAGAAACUGCUGCAGCAUUAGCAGCUGCUUCUCUUGUUUUCAGAAGAACUGAUCCAACAUACUCCAAAAUUUUAGUGAGAAGGGCUAUUAGGGUUUUUCAGUUUGCUGAUCAACACAGAGGACCUUACAGCAAUGUCUUAAAACCCUUUGUGUGUCCCUUUUACUGUGAUUACUCUGGUUAUCAGGAUGAGUUGUUGUGGGGUGCUGCUUGGUUACACAAAGCCACAAAGAAUCCAAUGUACCUAAAUUACAUUCAAGUUAAUGGUCAAAUCCUAGGAGCAGCAGAGUUUGACAACACAUUUGGUUGGGAUAACAAACAUGUUGGAGCAAGGAUACUUCUUUCAAAGGAAUUUCUAGUUCAAAGGGUAAGAUCCCUCCAUGACUACAAGGGUCAUUCAGACAAUUUUGUUUGCUCUUUAAUUCCUGGAGCUGGAUCCUCUUCUGCACAAUAUACCCCUGGUGGGCUUUUGUUCAAGAUGAGUGAUAGUAACAUGCAGUAUGUCACAUCCACUAGCUUCUUACUGGUAGCUUAUGCCAAAUACUUGACCAAAUCACAUUCUGUUGUGCGUUGUGGUGGUACCAUAGUAACACCAAAGAGACUCAGAACCUUAGCCAAGAAACAGGUGGAUUAUUUGCUAGGGGACAACCCAUUGAAGAUGUCAUACAUGGUGGGGUAUGGACCAAGGUAUCCACAAAGGAUACACCACAGAGGAUCAUCUCUUCCUUCAAUGGCUGUACACCCAGGAAAGAUCCAGUGUUCAGCAGGUUUCAGUGUGAUGAGUUCACAAUCUCCUAAUCCCAACAUUCUAGUGGGUGCUGUUGUCGGAGGACCAGAUCAGCAUGAUAGGUUUCCAGAUAAACGGUCAGAUUAUGAGCAAUCAGAGCCAGCAACUUAUGUUAAUGCACCACUUGUAGGGACACUUGCUUAUCUUGCACACUCAUUUGGUCAACUUUAGAAACCAGCAUCUCCAACUUGUUUGGAUGAAUCUGAUUAUGAUGUUUUAGUUUUUAUAUUUUCUCUAAUUUGGUUAGUACUAGUACUUUUAAUUGGUUACUACAUUUCUUAGAAGCUUUUAAAAACUUGUCACAUUGAGUAGUUUUCAUUGUGGCAAUGCUUCUAUAUUUAUGUUAAAUGUUAAACUAUGUAUGAUUGGGGAAAUUAUCAAGUGAUGUUAAAAUUAUCGAGAAGUUAAAAGUUCAAUGCAAAAGUGUUUAAUUUA